UGAGAAGCAAUGUCGACCUUGCCGCAGUAAAUAUAGAUUUCACCGGCCGUGUCGCGAUCGCCAACUAGCUUGUAGACUACAAUCGUUCAACAGUCUUAUCAAAAUGGAUAGAUUACGCGGUAAUCGUCGAACAUAUUGUUAUGUAGUGCUAAACAAGUACAUAUUCGAUGUAGUGUAGUUAUUGGUGUUGUGUUCAAUAUGUCUUCAGCGUCUUCCAGCUCGGGGAGGAAGUUGGUUCUAAGUACACUUCUCGAGACCGACCACUAUGAAAGUUUGAUCAAGGAGCUAACUUGUACGAAGUGUAACAGGUAUAUGAAGUCACCCAUAUACUUGUGUGUUGAAGGACAUAGUACCUGUGGGCCAUGUUAUGAGAAGAGCUAUCAAUGUCAUAUCUGUAAGAAAGAAUUUGCUCAGAUACGUCCAAAAGUAUUAGAAUCAUUAGCUAAUAAGGUGCUGUUCCCGUGUACAAAUGAAGGUUGUCCCAAACAUGCAACUCUGUCACUGCUCGAAAAACAUGCAGUGCAUUGUCAAUACCGUAUAAUAAACUGUUUUAUGGCUAGAGUUUAUGGUGAAUGCAAGUGGGAAGGUCGUGCAGGGGAAUGGAUGGAUCACUGUUUUUCUAUUCAUAAACAAAGGGUGACUGAACUACCCUUCAUAACAAUCAAAGACAAAUGGGACGCAAAAAGAACUGAACCCGUUCUCAAUUAUUUCUUAUUGAAAUGCUACGAAAAGAUAUUCAACGUGUAUCAAAUAUAUGAUAGGAAAGGAGGUCGCAUGAUGUGGACAGUUCUUGUCAAUGAGGAGCAUUCGGAAAAGUUUUACUUUGAAGUAGACAUAUUUCUUCCAAGCCUGCCUAGCAAAAGAAUCGUCUAUCGACGUCCAUGCAAAUGUGAAAGAGACGCUGAUUUUUUGGAGCACACGCAAAAUGUAUACAUUCCUGUUGAAAAUAUUUUCUCAAUGUUAGAUGAAAAUGAGUAUUUAAAUUUCACUGUAAGGAUCGGUGAAGUCGAGAGCCUGCCUCUAUUGGGCACACCAACUGGCAGCGAGAGUCUUAUAUUACUAACAGAUGAUGAACAUAAAGAAAAAUAAGCGUAGUUUGUUAUUAGUAUUGUAGAUUGUCAAUUUUGCGUGUAAUAUUAAUAAUAUAUAAUUUACAGUAUUAA